CGUCUAUGCCUGCAAGGCUUCCCGCACCGGCCUGCGCAUCUGUGACCUGCUGGCCGACUUCCAUGAGUUCUCCAAGAAGUUCAGGGUGCUAGCCCAGCAGUACAAGGCCAUGUACCCGGCUCUCACCAUCAACACAGAGGCCGAGCUGCAACAGCUGAAGGUCUAUGCUGAAAGGAUCCGGCCCCUGGUGAAGGAUGGUGUCUAUUUCAUGCACCAGGCCCUGCACGGGCCCCCCAAGAAGAUCCUGGUGGAAGGAGCCAAUGCUGCACUGCUGGAUAUCGACUUCGGGACAUACCCGUUCGUGACAUCCUCGAACUGCACAGUGGGGGGCGUCUGCACAGGCCUGGGCGUCCCACCUUGCUACAUCGGGAAGGUGUAUGGGGUGGUGAAGGCUUACGCCACCCGGGUGGGUGUUGGAACCUUCCCCACCGAGCAGGACAACGAGAUUGGGGAACUACUGCAGUCACGGGGCCAAGAAUUCGGUGUCACCACAGGCCGCAAACGCCGCUGCGGGUGGCUGGACCUGAUGCUGGUGAGAUACGCCCAUAUGAUCAACGGAUUCAGCGCCCUGGCGCUCACCAAGCUGGAUAUCCUGGACACCUUCCCGGAGAUUAAGGUGGGCGUGGAAUACCGGCUGGAGGGGAAACCCAUCGCCUACUUCCCAGCGAACCAGGAGCUGCUGAACAAGGUGUCGGUGGGCUAUGAGACGCUGCCAGGCUGGCAGUGCAGCACAGAGCAGGCCCGCAGCUUUGCUGACUUGCCUCCGCAGGCCCAGAGCUAUGUCCACUUCAUCGAGCGCUACCUCGGGGUGCCAGUGAAGUGGGUCGGUGUCGGGAAGUUCCGCGAAUCCAUCAUCAAGAUUUUCUGAGCCUCCCUGGCCGUCUGUCAGUCGCAGGGGCUCUGCCCCAGGACAACCCCUGACACACAGACCCUCAGCAAAGGAUCACAGGGACCACGUGCCUCUCACUCUGCCCUGCACCCCCCUGCGCUGUGGGGGGCUCCACCCCUCCUGGGAGAGAGUGAAUUGUAAUUUCACUCUGCCCCCCCCUUUGCCCCCCGCCCCCAGUGCUGCCCAUGCUGGGGAGUCCUGGCCUGCGGUUUACAGGCUGCCUGCCACACUCUGCUCCCCCAUGCUGGAGGCUGGACUGUGCGGCUCCCCUCCCCCUCACUCCAGGACUGUGCCAGGCGGGCUGUGCUCGCUCCACGUGGGGGGCCCCAGCCCAAACCUGGCUCCUGUUCUACCUGUCACUCCUGCCCCCCAUGGGGGCAAAGAUCACCCUGCCCUUCCCCACUGGGCACCCCUGUCUCCUCUCCCCCCAUGCCUGGAUCUCCCUGCUGUGCCCCCCACUGUGGGCAGUCUCACAGCUGCUUUUUCACUGUAUAGAAAUAGCUAUAAAGAGCCAUGAUUUAUUUUC